GACAAGCAAACACCAACCUCCAUCGAUCAUUUUAGCAGCCCAAGAACGGCAGCUCUCCAUCUUUGCACAGGAACAUCGGGCCAUUCUAAGUGGCAGAGAAGAGGGAAAAAGAGAGAAAGAGGUAAAAGAGGGAAAAGAGGUUCACGAGGUAAAAUGUCAUUAACACUACUUGGGCAUGGAUGCACUCGGCCUUUCCUCUCCAUCACGAUGGAAGGAAAGAAUUCACGAUGGGGCGAGGGAAAGAAUGAUCAACGCAAGCAAUGGAAGAAUGAAUGGCGCCUUCAUGUUGGACGCGAUAUAUUCAUCCAUCCAUUCAUGCAUCCAUCCACCCACUCAUCCCCCCCAUCUACACAUGCAUCCAUCCAUCGAGCCGUCCCAAAAACAACCUACCUACGACGUGCCGGCACACUGCCCCCCUACCAACAUAUCGUCGGGUUGGCAACAUAUGCACGCGUCAACACAACACAGUCCAUCACAACACAAAUAGAGUCCUAGGUACACCACAUUGACCAUUUCUGACACUCUCUCUGCCGCUCACUCCACACUCGCCCAGGAAGAGGAUUUCGAUGCCCGAAAUCUUCUCCAGAAGAAGAAAAGAAAGAAAAAGAAAGCAAACGAAUCGGGUGCCGAUGAGUUGAUCAAGGGAACUCCCAGACCACGCGUAGAUAAAGUACUAGGUGCUCCCAAACCUGAAGAACUAACCGCCUUUCUUCUUUUACUUUCAUCGCUUGCGUCUGUUUCCAUUAACUUUUCCUUUACACAGACCGAUCCUUCUUCUUCGGUACAUGGCGAUUCCCUCUUGAUCAUGGUCUCUGGUGAAUUGAAUUGAUUUGAAUUGUUUUGAUGGGAAUUUUCGGUACAUCCAUUUAUCCAUCCACCCACCCAUCCAUCCAUCCAUCCAUUCAUUCAUGCCAAAUCGGUGAAUGUUGUGUGUGUUGAUUGAUCAUUCAUUUCAUCCCAUCUUCUUGUGACGGCCAAUCAAGUCUCAUAUUCGGACUCGGCUGUCCUUGUUUCUCCAUACUCCAUCCUCCUUUUCCCUGCCAGCCCAGACUCUUUCUCCCUCGUCCAACGUCCAAUUCCCUCCAUGGUCUGACUUUCUACCACUCUCUGCGGAUAGAAGAGUACAAUCGCUGCUCCUCUGCCACUUUUAAACUUUGGUCCGUCGAAAAUUCAAUAUCCAUCACAAAACCCCACUCCUGCCCUAAGCUUCUGCAAGACAUAUUCCAAACGCUUGAUUUGUCCUUGACUCAGGACCUGUGGGGUGAAUCGGUCGGAUCUCAUACCACUGGGCGGCCCUCUCCCCCGGAUCUUUCCAUGAUUCGCCUCUGUUCCACUACUAAAUCAAUUCUUGAUUUGACUACCUCUUCCAUCUCUCGCAAACAAAGACAUCAACAAAUUGCCACAAUUGCAAAGAUGUCGCACUCCAACAUUUUGAUUUAUCUCAUGCGCCGGGACCUGCGAGUGGGCGAUAAUCCGGUCCUGCAUUCUCUCGUUGAUAACAAGGAUCAUGGAUUCACCCAUCUCCUCCCACUCUAUGUUUUUGCCGCACAACAAAUCGAAGUCUCUGGAUUUAUCACCACAGAUGGAUGCAAGAGUCCGUACCCAGAGGCCCGAAGUCAAAUCGGCGCAUUCUGGAGAUGUGGUCCUCACAGAGCGAAGUUCCUAGCGGAAAGUGUUUGGGAUCUGAAAGGUGGUCUCGAGAAGAUCGAGAGUGGAUUGGCCAUUAGGGUGGGUAUGGUUGAUGAGGUGGUGAAGGAUCUAAUCGAAGGGUUCCAAAAAACAGGCGGCAGCAAAGUUUCUGCAGUGUGGAUGACUUCCGAAGAAGGAGUAGAGGAGAAACGAGAAGAGCGCUCAACAGAGAAAAUUUGCGAUAAGGCCGGCGUUGACUUUCAAUUGUGGCAAGACGAGAAAUAUUUAAUUGACGAUCGAGAUAUUCCAUUCAAGGAUCCAAAAGAUCUCCCCGAUGUGUAUACGACUUAUCGCAAGAGUGUUGAACCCCUCCGCGAAGCGCCCCGUCCAGCUUUACCAAAGCCUGAAAAGAAUUCAUUGCCACCCUUCCCUACCGACGUCCCCACCCAACAUUCUCCAUUUGCGAUUCCGACAAAUUACGAGGAGAUCGAGAGUGCACUUCUCAAACCAAUCAAUGCGCAACCUCUAAUCAAAAAUCCUCCAUCCUACCCGGAGAAUUCAUUGUCGGUACAUCCUUUUACCGGUGGUGAAUCUCAUGCGCAAGAGCGACUCGAACACUUAAUUACUUCUGGCUCAAUUAACGCUUACAAAUCUAGUCGCAAUGGGCUUAUGGGUACUGAUUUCUCUACAAAGCUUUCAGCAUACCUUGCCCUUGGCUCAAUUACUUCACGUCAGAUUCAUUCUUCCAUGUCCAUCUUCGAGAAUGGUUCCGAUUCUGACAACCGGUACAAAGAUCUCGAGGGAUAUGGCAAGGGUGAAAACGAGGGCACUUAUGGUGUACGUUUCGAACUUCUGUGGAGAGAUUACAUGCGUCUCUGCACUCGUAAAUUUGGACCCAAGCUUUUCCAAUUGGGUGGAUUUAAGGAUGAAGAAAACGCACACUCAAAGUGGAGUAGACUAGAUUCACCAAGAGAUGGGGUUUCAAAAGAACAAAUACAAGAGAUUAUUGAGAGAUUUCUAAAUGGUACAACUGGAAUGGGAUUCAUUGAUGCUUCACAGAGAGAAUGUUAUCACACAGGUUAUACUAGCAACCGCGCUCGUCAAAAUGUCGCUUCAUUCCUUGCGAAACAUCUUUACAUUGAUUGGAGAAUCGGCGCAGAGUGGUACGAAUGUAUGUUGGUUGAUUAUGAUGUCAGCUCAAAUUGGGGUAAUUGGCAAUAUGUCGCCGGAGUUGGGAAUGAUCCUCGAGGCAACGAUCGGAUUUUUAACCCUGUCAAACAAGCUUUUGAUUACGACCCUAAGGCUGAAUACGUUCUUGCUUGGGUUGAUGAGUUACGGGGCGUGGAUGAACUAGGUCAAAUAUUUCAGGCUUGGACUAUUAAUGAUCAAGAGAAGAAAGAAGAGUUGGGCAUUGCAGAUACUGAGAUGGUCACGAACCCAUUAAAGAGGAUUGACUUUAAGAUCAAUAGAGGCAGAGGUGGGGGAGGUGGUAGAGGUGGUGGCAGAGGUAGACCUCCAUAUAGACCUCAUGGUGGGGAUAGAUGGAUGGGUAGAAGAUCGGGUCCUGGGGAUCAAGGACGAGGUGGAUUCCACGGUGGAAGAGGAGACCGAGGGUUUCACCAAGCUCGAAGAUUAUAUAGAGGUGGUAGAGGUUCUGGAAGUGAAUUGAGAACAGGAAUGAUGGAUAAGGAGAGAGAGGCUGCGGCGGAUAAUGAGUAAGAAAAACGGUUCCCAUUAUGGCGUACGCCUAUAAUUGCGCAGCGAGACAUGGGCAUGAACAUGGACACGAACACGAUUACGAAUACGAUCACGGAUACACGAAGACAUAGACAUGACAACGUAAUAAAUGGAUGUCAUUGGGUUGACAGUGGUAAUUAUGGUUGAGAAUUUUGGUAAAUACGGUCGGUGGCUAUGGCUUAUACCUUGGGACGGUGAAUAAUGGGUAGGACGGGGGUACUUGCAAUUAUGGCUUUCGCUUAUAAUAUGACUUGCAUAGGAGGAUGGAUUUGGAGAGUAAUUAGUGGUUCAGACAGGUGAAUCGUACAAAUGAGUUGCAAGCAAUUCGCAUACGUUUUGAUUUUCGUGCGCGUUGCUAUUUAUAAUAUUGAUUUUUCGGUAGUAUAAUGAAAAAAGAAAGAAGGAAUUAAAUAAAUACA